ACACUUAGAAAUCACAACAGAAAACCAUGGCCUCUCUUCAAUCUUCAUGCAUGGUGCUCACCCACAACCGCAUUUGUCCUCUAGUCAAGCCAUCCCACCACUUUCCCAAUGCAAGGCUAACUUAUCGCUUUCACGUCUCAUGCAGCAGCAACGGCGGCGUAGACCGCAGAAACAUGCUCCUUGGGCUUGGAGGUUUGUACGGUGCAGCCAACCUCAUCUCUGAUUCCAAAGCUUACGCCGACCCCAUUCAACCGCCGGAUAUCAAGAGUUGCGGUGUUGCAGACGUCCACGGAGACCCUCUCGACGUCAACUGUUGCCCGCCAAACUCAGACACUAUCAUAGACUACGAGCUGCCGUCCGUGACGAGUCUGCGCGUGAGGCCUGCGGCGCACAAGCUUAACCACGGAUACCUUACCAAGUAUGAAAAAGCCAUUCAGCUGAUGCGGGAGUUAGACAAGAAAGACCCUAGCGAUCCCCGCGGCUUCACUCAGCAGGCCAACGUCCAUUGCGCUUACUGCAACGGCGCCUACGAUCAGGUUGACUACGAAGGCACCGACAUCUCAAUCCACUACUCCUGGCUCUUCUUUCCAUUCCACAGGUGGUACCUCUAUUUCUACGAGAGGAUUUUGGGGAGUCUCAUCGGUGACCCCACAUUUGCCUUGCCCUUCUGGAAUUGGGACAACCCUAGGGGCAUGCAGCUACCUGCGAUAUUUGACAACCCUCACUCGCCCCUAUACGAUAUCAACCGCAACCCGAGCAAUCGGCCCCCUGCCAUCGUCGAUCUUGCCCUAAGCGGCAAGACAGAUGAUGAACAGCUGGUGAGGAGCAAUCUGAGCACUAUGUACAAAGAAAUGUUGAGCAGCGUGGAUGAUACAAAUGGCUUCAUGGGGCAGCCUUACUGCGCCGGCAUGACGCCCCCCGGGUCCGCCAGCGGAGGGACGGUGGAGCGAGGGUCUCACACCAGCGUCCAUAGGUGGGUCGGACACCCCGACAACAAGUACCACGAAGAUCUCGGAAACUUCUACUCCGCCGGGAGGGACCCAGCCUUCUACUCCCAUCACUCUAAUGUCGAUAGGAUGUGGACUAUAUGGAAACAUCUCAAAACCAAAGUUCCAAAGGAUAUCAACAAACCUGACUACCUCAACGCUUCAUUCUUGUUUUACGACGAGAACCAGAAGCUCGUGCGUGUUAAGGUCGCCGAUGCCUUGGACAACAGAAAAAUGGGGUACGACUACGAGAAGGUCGAGAUGCCGUGGAUGUACUACCGGCCGCCGAGGAGGUCGGCCAGAGUCAGAAUCCAGGAUAUAUCCAAAGGAGCAGAGAAUCCAGAAAAAGUGUUCCCCCUCAGCCUCAACAGGAUUGUUAGGGUUUUGAUUUCCAAAAGAAGCCCGGGAAAAGUCGAUGAGGUGCUGGUGUUGGAGGACAUACAUACCGAUCCCACCGAGUUCGUCAAGUUUGACAUCUACGUCAAUGACGAAGACGAUGAGCCUAAGGAUGUGGACAAGGCCGAGUAUGCGGGAACCUUCUCGCAGCUGCCGCACAGGGUUCAUCACUCUAACAGACACAAGGGGUCCAUGAAGUUGAGCUUGAAGGAACUAUACGAGGACAUUGACAUCCACGAGGAUGAUACUACAGUGGUUGUCACCUUGGUUCCUCGUGCCAACGGCCACCGUGUCACCAUCGCUGGUAUCAAAAUUGUUAAGUCGCGCUCUUCUGCUUAAUUACUUUCGGUGUUUACAAUAAUUUGAGUUUUAAUUAAUAACUUGUGAUAACAAGUUGUCUCUUGUUUCGAUGGUUAUGGGAUCAAUGUGCCUUUGUAAUAUUUAUAGCUUCCUAUUAGCAUAAAUAAUUGUGCAUCAUGCCAAGGAAAUGUACUGCUCUUUGUAAUAACUUUCUCUAUUCGUAUAUUGAAAUAGUGAAACUAUAUAUCCAUUAGUUUUUUCAAAGUGGUCA